AGCCUGCAGUUCUUCGAUUGGAACAAAAAAGGACCCUCGUUGAUAUCUUGUAUCUAAUUAAUUAUGUCAUUAUGACAUGGCAUAAUCAAAUAUGAUCUGGAAGUGCAUUGUUGAUUAAGCUACGCACAGAAGGAAAAACCCUCUGGUUACACUAAGUUCGGGUUAAUAAAUUUACCAUGAGGCCACAGGUAAAAGGAAUAGGUUCAUUUUCAGGGCCUAGUUUCAGCUGAAAGUUGUUUCUUUGCAGAGCUUUCUAAUUAUCUAGACGUUAAAUCUUUCCUCCACAAUAAGGAAGAUGAAGCAUCUACCUUUGGCUCUCUUUGUCUUAGCUUUUUUGAUCCACCAGCAAUGUUUUCACAUCCAUAUUGAAGCAGCAGGCGAUGAUUUUAUCAGAACCAGAGGAGUGCAGUUUCUAUUGAAUGGCAGUCCAUACUAUGCAAAUGGGUUCAAUGCGUACUGGUUGAUGUAUAUGGCCUCUGAUCCUUCUCAGAGGUACAAAGUAUCGUCGGUUUUUCGUGAAGCAACUAGCCAUGGCCUCACAGUGGCUAGAACUUGGGCUUUCAGUGAUGGAGGUUACAGACCCCUUCAAUUCUCUCCUGGCUCUUAUAAUGACCAAAUGUUUAAGGGGUUGGAUUUUGUUAUAGCUGAGGCUAGAAGGUAUGGGAUUAAGCUGCUACUAAGCUUGGUGAACAACUAUGAGAACUUUGGUGGAAAGAAGCAGUAUGUGAACUGGGCAAGAAGCAAGGGGCAGUACUUGACUUCCGAUGAUGAUUUCUUUAGAAACCCUGUUGUUAAGGGUUUCUACAAGAACCAUGUUAGUACUGUUCUUAACAGAUACAACAUCUACACUAGAGUUCAUUACAAAGAUGAUCCAACAAUUAUGGCUUGGGAGCUUAUCAAUGAGCCUAGAUGCAUAUCAGAUCCUUCAGGAAGGACCAUUCAGGAAUGGAUAAGGGAAAUGGCUUCUCAUGUGAAGUCAAUAGAUAGAAAUCAUUUACUGGAAGCAGGUUUAGAGGGAUUUUAUGGACAAUCAACACCUCAGAGGAUGAGACUCAAUCCUGGUUUCCAAAUAGGAACAGACUUCAUUGCAAAUAAUAGGAUCCCUGGGAUUGAUUUUGCAACAGUUCACUCCUAUCCAGAUCAAUGGUUGUCUAGCUCAAACGAUCAAUAUCAACUGUUUUUCUUGAACAACUGGCUUAAUACUCACAUCCAAGAUUCACAGUACAUUCUUCGAAAGCCGAUCUUCAUCGCAGAAUUUGGGAAAUCUAGGAAAGAUCCUGGUUUCAACACGCACCAAAGAGACCUGCUAUUCAACACUGUGUACUACAAGAUAUACUCUUCAGCCAAGAGAGGGGGAGCUGCUGCUGGGGGUUUGUUCUGGCAACUUCUUACUGAGGGCAUGAACUCGUUCGGUGAUGGGUACGAGAUAGUUCUGAGCCAAAGUCCCUCAACUGCUAAUGUAAUAGCUCAACAAUCUCACAAGCUCUAUCAGAUUAGGAAGAUCUUUGUGAAGAUAAGAAAUGCUCAGAGGUGGAAGAGAGCUAGGGCCAUUAGAAGGGAUCAAUGGUUGGCUAGAAACAAAGGCAAGCCUAUAGGAAAUUGAUCAGUUCAAAUGCAUUACCUACUAGUUACUACAAGUACUUUGUGAGGUUCCUGUUAUGGUUUCCUCUUAAAGAUGAUUCAGAUGAUCACGUUGAUCGGCCAGGAGGGUAAAUUGAGUAAUGGUGUUGCCAACGUGAAGUCAGUCUCAACCGUCUCAAUUGGCUUCUUUUAAUUAGAAAUAGAAAUUUCUGGUCUGCAAGAAAAUCAGAUAUUGCCUCUAAGUUGACUAUUUUAGGUCCAUUCUUGUAAGUUUGUGACAUGUAGUAUUACUGCAAAAUGAACUUGUUCUUGUGUUA